AUGAUAAUUAUAUCAUCGACAACUAGUAUUAUGACCAUGUCAACAAAUGCUACUCUCAUAUCAACGAAACCUGCCGAGCAUGGCUAUGACUCGUCAUACUUUGCAAGUAUGUUCAAACGUCUGCUGAUUCUCUUCGGUUCGAUCUGUUUCCUUUGGUUAAUCAUGGGACUUGUCUUCGCCUCGAUUCAAACUUUUCGUCGGUUGAAGAAGAAAACUUCGCAGAAACUCUUUCGUUAUAAUCGAUCGUUACCACCGUCAUCGCUAUUAGCACCGAUGGAAAGAACUUUGAGAGAUGGUUUAAGAGCUGAUAUUGAUGACGACGAUGAUGACGACGAUGACCAAGCAAGCGUUUUUACUUCCGUAUCAUUCCUAUCCGAACGUUCGCGACCUGUACACGAACAUCGACAUUUCGCUGCGCCAUGUGAACGAAUACCUGAAGAAGAAUUCGAACUAACCCUACCAGUAGUAGCUGGCAUAUCGAAUCUUGCAUUUAGUCGAUCAACGUUAGCCUCUUCAGCGAGCGGUGGUCUCUCUCUACUCUACUAUCCCGCUUGUCGAAAUUUUGCCUAUUCACAGUCAACACUUGCAUCAUCCACAGCUGAUUUAAACACUCCAACACCAUCGAUAAUUGUGCCAACUAAUGAACCAUCUGUUGGGAAAACACGAACAAAUCGCUUAGCUAAUUUUAAACGACAAUCAUCUCAAUCAUCAACAACUACUACAGUUAGUCAGAUUACUAAUGCCACCUAUCUCUCAUCGAGUAGUGCCUCGACGUCAUCGAGUAUUCCGCUUGUAUCAUUGAAAACAACUCCAUUGCCUACGGUAAUGAUUACGGAUUGUGAUCGUUUACAAACCGAUAUUAUUGAACUUGAUGAUUUCGAACCGGAAAAAGAUUGGCGUCGCGCACAACAUGAAUUAAGAUUACUACUCAACGAUAAAAUGCCACAAGCGGUGAGGUAA